AUGCAUGGUGCAGGAAAAAUGAAUUCUACUAUGAGUGAGGAGCCUGAUGCACUGUCUGUUGUUAACCAGCUCCGAGAUCUCGCAGCUGACCCAUUGAACAGAAGGGCCAUUGUUCAGGAUCAGGGAUGCCUGCCGGGUCUCAUUCUGUUUCUGGACCAUCCCAACCCUCCAGUUGUUCAUUCAGCUUUACUAGCUCUCCGCUAUCUGGCAGAGUGCCGUGCCAACAGAGAAAAGAUGAAGAGUGAACUGGGGAUGAUGCUCAGCUUACAGAAUGUCAUACAAAAAACCACUACACCAGGAGAGACUAAACUUUUAGCUUCUGAAGUCUAUGAUAUCCUUCAGUCUUCCAACAUGUCAGACACGGACAAUGUGAAUGAGAUGAAUUAUCGUCGACGGAAAGCCCAGUUUUUCCUGGGCAGCACAAAUAAGCGUGCCAAGACAGUGGUUUUGCAUAUAGAUGGCCUUGAUGAUUCGUCUCGAAGGAAUCUUUGUGAAGAAGCCUUGUUGAAAAUUAAAGGUGUUAUUAGUUUUACCUUUCAAAUGGCUGUUCAAAGGUGUGUGGUCCGAAUUCGCUCAGACUUAAAAGCAGAGGCAUUGGCAACAGCAAUAGCGUCCACCAAAGUUAUGAAGGCACAGCAAGUUGUGAAAAGUGAAAGUGGUGAGGAGAUGCUGGUUCCAUUCCAAGAUACUCCGGUGGAAGUAGAGCAGAAUACAGAUCUACCUGAAUACUUACCAGAAGAUGAAAGCCCGACUAAGGAACAGGACAAAGCAGUGUCUCGUGUUGGGUCACACCCAGAAGGUGCAGCAAGCUGGCUCAGCACAGCAGCAAACUUUCUAUCAAGAUCUUUCUACUGGUGACUUGUAUGUGGUGUUAAAAGACUGUGUGAAUGAACCAACAAGGGGGCCAGUUUUCCAUAGGUGUGGUGAACUGCCAAGUGCAAUUUGCAAUAAAUCAUCACAAAAAUUUUAGAUUGAGCAAAUGUAUGCUGCAUUUUACAUUUUAUUGGACAUACAGCCUGAUAGGACAGAGGCCUCCAAUCAACUUGUUCUUUCAUUUGUUUGUCAUGUGGAUUUUAUUGCUUCACUUUUUAAAAAUGGGUCCACUCUUAUAUAUACCAAAUGUUUAUGCAUAUAGAGCUUUAAGUUUGACUUCACAUGAAACACAUGAUUGGGAAAGUCUAUUUAACUUGAGUCUCAGGGCCUCUGUGGAAGAAAAAUUAUUAAUGGCU